CCAGAUGCUGAAGAAUUUCCAAGCCCUCGUUUCCCUGGGAUAUCAAGGCCCUAUACCUGACUUAAUCUGCAGCAUCCAGCAAGGACAAGUGGGGCUCUGGGUCUCUGAUGAUGAGGACUGUGGGGAAAUCUCAGGGUCUGAGGACCCGCUGUCAGGAGGUGCUUGCCUGCUGAGCAGAACUAAAGAGCAGCGUCCUGCAGAAGGGCCUGCCAACCUGGAGCCAGCCUGGACUUUCCUAGGGAGUUUGGGCAAGAUGGACUCCCUGAGACUUGAGAAGCAGCCAUGGCACAAGAGUCAGGGGAGGCCUCAAAAGCAGAAGGAGAACAGAGCGAUGAACCAGCACUGGUGCAUCCACCUGGAGAGGAAGACACACCACUGCACUGAGUGCAAGAAGAACUUCAUCUGCCGGCAAGACCAGUCCCAACACCAGUGUGUGCAGAUGGCGGAGAAGCCACACCAUAGCACCAAGCCUAUGAAGAGAUUCAGGCAUUCCUCCAACCUCAUCAGGCACUGGUACCUGCACACAAGGGAGAAGCCACAUAAGUGUUCGAAGUGUGGAAAGAGCUUCACUCAUUCCUCCAGCCUGGCUCGGCACCAGCGUAUCCACACAGGGGAGAAACCACAUCAGCGCUUGAAGCGUGCAAAGAGCUUCACUCCUUCUUCCAGGCUGGCUCGGCACCAGUGUAUCCACACAGGAGAGAAGCCACAUCGGUGCUUAGAGUGUGGGAAGAGCUUCAAUCAUUCCUCCAGCCUGGCUCGGCACCAGCGCAUCCACACAGGGGAGAAGCCACAUCAGUGCUUAGAGUGUGGGAAGAGCUUCACUCAAUCCUCCAGCCUAGCUCGGCACCAGCGUAUCCACCCAGGGUGGAACCCAUAUCAGUGCUCCAAGUGUGGGAGGAGCUUCACCUACUCCUCCACGUUGGCCCAGCACCAGCUCAUCCACACAGGGGAGAAAUCACAUCGAUGCUCAGAGUGUGGGAAGAGCUUCCCCUGGUGCUCCAGCCUGGCCCGGCACCAACUUGUCCACACAGAAGAGAAACCAUAUCAGUGCUCGGAGUGCGGGAAGAGUUUCACCCGAUCCUCAAGCCUGGCUCAGCACCAGCAUAUCCACACAGGGGAGAAGCCAUACACAUGCUCAAAGUGUGGGAAGAGCUUCAUUCACUCCUCUAGCCUGGCUCAGCACCAGCGUAUCCACACAAGGGAAAAACUUAAUCGAUGCUCAGAGUGUGGGAAGAGCUUCACCUGCUUCUCCAGCUUAACCCAGCACCAACGCAUCCACACAGGGGAGAAGCCACAUCAAUGCAUGGAGUGUGGGAAGAGCUUCGCUCAGUCCUCCAGCCUGGCUCAGCACCAUCGUAGUAUCCACACAAGGGAGAAGCCACAUCAGUGCUUAGAGUGCGGGAAGACCUUCACUCAAGCCUCCCGCCUGGCUGAGCACCAGCGCAUCCACACAGGGGAGAAGCCAUAUCAGUGCUCGGAGUGUGGGAAGAGCUUCAGUCGUUCCUUCAGGCUGGCUCAGCACCAGCGCAUCCAUACAGGGGAGAAGCCGUAUCGGUGUUCAGAGUGCGGGAAGAGCUUCACUCAUUCCUCCAGCCUAGCUGAGCACCAGCGCAUCCAUACAGGGGAGAAGCCAUAUCAGUGCACCGAGUGUGGGAAGAGCUUCACCCAAUCCUCCAUUCUGACCAGGCACCAACGUGUCCACACAGGAGAGAAGCCACAUCAGUGCACUGAGUGUGGGAAGAGCUUCAUCCAGUCCUCCAACCUAACACGGCACCAACGUGUCCACACAGGGGAGAAAUUACAUUAGUGCUCAGAGUGUGGGAAGUGCUUCCUCCACUCCUUCAAACUGGCCUUGCACCAGUGCAUGCCUGUCCAGGUGUGUCCAUAGUUCUGCCAGCAAUACAGGAAGGAUUUGAGGAAGUAUACCUGCUCAGCACUCACCAGUGUCUACAUACAGGGAAGCAGUCUCACACUGGUGCAGUGCAGCAACAAUUGACCUUUCAUUCAGCCUUUCUAGGGCACUGCAGAGCCCAAAGGACACAGAGGCUGACCUCUCAGGUUUGCUGAGGGGAUGGGGUUAAAUGGAAACACUGCAGGCAGAGGGCAGCCCUGAUGCUGGGGGAACCUGUGAAGAGAUGAUCUUCGCAUCAGCCUUGGAGCCUGUGCCAUCCCCGUUGUUCUCUAAAAGUAGUCAGUGCUUCCAGGCAGAGAAGAAUUGCCUUCAAAAUAGGAUGCUCUUCCCAACUAGAUCCAAAUGACAUCCGGUGCUUUCUUUGGCUGAAUCCCAGCUUUGUCCUCCCUCUUGGUCCCAGGGUUUGGUAUGUUAGGUUCUUGAGUUGCAGGAAGGAGGACACUGAUGUCUGGGGAAGCAUUCCUUGCUCUAAGCAACCCUGAUCUUGCCUUUCCUUCCUAGCACAUCUCCCCUCUCCCAGGCCUGCAUAUUCGCAUCAGAGUCUGCAAGAAGCCUCUUCUGCCACCCCGUGAGCCCACUGUGGUGGAUUUCGCUGCUCAGCCCCUUGUCAGAGCUUUGCGACACCAGGUGCCAGCUGCCCCCUCCUCUCCUUCAUAGACUCGUAGAAAAUUAGGGGUAGAAGGGACCUCCAGAAGUCAUCUAGUCCAACUGCCUGCUCCAAGCGGGACCAUCCCCAACUAGAUUAUCCCAGCCAAGGAUGGAGAUUGCAUAACCUCUCUGAGUUACCUGUUCCAGUGUUUUAAUACCCUCAUAGUGUAACACAUUCUUCCUAACAUUUAAGCUAAACUUCCCUUCCUGCAAAUUGAGACCAUUGCUCCUUGUUCUAUCAUCUAGCUCCACUGAGAACAAUCUAGUGCUAUCCUCUGUUGAACCCCCCUUCAGGUACUUGAU